ACCCCCCUGAUCUCCAUCUUGAGGAGAAUACUACUCCAUCUGUUUCCUUUAGGAGUUUACUGAACAAAAAUGGGAGAAAUAAGGCUGCCAAGGCACAUGUUUUUGUGGUGCCUGUCUGCUAUUUAUAUGUUUGCCUUCGCGUCUCUGUAUGUGCAGAUUCCAGGUCUGUAUGGGAACAAGGGUGUGCUGCCGGCGCGGUGGCAUCUGCGAGUGUCUGGGAAGAGUGUCGUGGAGCAGCUGAAGGAUUCUCCCACGCUGCUGUGGUUCGGUCCUCGUCUGGGCUUGGACAUGCAGCAGUGCAUGGAGCUGCUGAGUCUGACCGGAGCUCUGCUCAGUUUAAUGACUCUGGCUCUGCCAGUGCUCAGAGACUGCAGAGUCUUCCUGCUGCUCUGGAUACUCAAUCUGUCCCUCUACCAGUUGCGUCGGGGUGUCUUCAAACUGGCCAGCCGCUGUCCCACCUGGUGGGGCUUGACCGCUUUGACCUAUCACUAUGAGACGCAGUGUAUCCCGACCCCGCUGGCCUGGUUUGCUCAUCAGCUGCCGGGGUGGUUCCAGAAGCUCAGUGUGGUGGGAACGUUUGUGAUCGAGAUCGCCGUUCCCUUCAUGUUCUUCAGCCCUAUACGAAGACACAGACUCGCCGCCUUCUACAUGCAGGUCCUGCUUCAGGUGUUGAUCAUCCUGUCUGGGAAUUAUAACUUCUUUAAUAUUCUCACCAUCACCCUGUGCCUGUCUCUGCUGGAUGACCAACGUGAACUUCUGGCUCCGAAGACCCACGCCAAAGACCGAGAGCAGUAUGGAUACGCUUACGUUAAACUAAGCAUCAUUGCAGACUCUGUUCUCUUGGUUGGCCGUGAUGUCAGAGAUCAGCACAUAUCCAGUGGGCAGUUAUGGCUGCGGCGACAGUCUCUGUUCGCCAUCAGUCUGUUGUUUAAAAAUGAUGACUCUAAUAAUGAAGUGUGUGUGCAGGUUCCCUACACCUACUUUGAGUAUGAUGCACACAGUAACCUCUGUCCUGGCGUCCGGAUGGUGUUUGAGCUGACUGACCGUUACCAGCUGGUCAACUCAUACGGAUUGUUCCGGAGGAUGACCGGCGUCGGAGGCCGUCCAGAAGUGGUCAUCGAGGGCAGUAUGGAUCGCAACACAUGGACGGAGAUCGAGUUCAUGUAUAAGCCGGGGAACAUGAGCAGAGCGCCCCCUGUGGUGGCUCCGCACCAGCCCAGGCUGGACUGGCAGAUGUGGUUUGCAGCUCUUUGGCCGCACACACAGAGCCCCUGGUUCAGCAGCCUCCUAUACAGACUCCUGCAGGGCAAGCGAGACGUGAUCAGACUCAUUCAGACAGAUGAGUCUCCGUAUCCGUUCAGCGAACAGCCUCCUGCAUACCUCCGAGCUCACCACUACAAGUACUGGUUGAGCGAGCCCAAAGAGGACGGGUCAUAUCCCCAGAGAUGGUGGAGACAGGUGUACGUGGAGUUCUAUCCCAUGGUGCACCUUGGUGACUCUUACCUUGAACAGAUGCUGGUUCAACAUGGUUUGAAGGAUAAGGCUCCUCCGAGGCGCAGCUUGGAUGCUUGGCUGCCACAGUUAUUGCAUCAUGUAGGUGAACAUGCCCAUGAGAUGCCGACUCCUCUUCUGCUCUGGACUCUCUUCAGCUCGGCCGCGACCCUGUGUCUCCUCAACUCUCUGCGAUCACAUGCACAUCACCACCAGCACGAAUCUCUCCAGAACAAACACGCAGAUAAACCGACCGCAGGACCAACUCGCUCCAAUGUGGAGGAAGAGGAUGAGAAGAAACAUGAAGAAGAUGCAAAAGAGCAGGAAGAAGAUGCAGCAAGUGAAGAAGAACCGAAAGUAGAAAUUAAAGAGGAAGUGGACAGCCUCAGGAAAAGGAAGUGA